GAUGUGAUGCGAGUGGGGACGGGGCAUGGAGGUGGCAUUGGUGUAAUCUACAAUACACAAGACUACUCGCACCCUCCUCUGCUAGACUGCUACACUGCUACACUUGACCUCUUCCAGUAUCUCCUCCUAGCCUCUUUUACCACACCACAUCUUAUCCAAACUGGAUCAAGCCUUCGGAUAGAAAGUGGCUACGUCUAUAGUUAAACCUUACGGGUACUACCACUAAAGGAAUUCAAGAUUUUCCCAUCUCUUCAUCAUACCUCGCCCUAGCUACCAACCUACUUCACCCCUUCACCCCUUCAUCCCUACGAGCCGAUCCCGCCGCUUGACUAGUAGCUGAUCGUUGACCUCUUAUAACAACCCCACCAUACCCUUCAACUCUUUUUUCUUGCCCUUCCUUCUUCACGACCUCAUUCGUCCGUACCUUUUUCGAUACUUAUUCAAGGCGCGCAAACUAGAUCCCUUGUCUCGGGACCGCCAAAAUAUUUAUCUUCGUUUCAUUUCAACAAGCUGAUUCCAAUUUCCCAUAUCUUCCGUCACGUCAAGCUCUCGCAUCAUUACAUAUCCCUGACCUCUUGUCCUCGAAUAUCUAUCCGUAUCAUCCCUCCAUAUCCCGUCUCCCACACUUUGCGUCAAACUUUACUCCAAUGCCUCCUCAAUUACUACCUGCUUCGGCAGCUGCUUUUGCUCCAAGAGCUUCAUCCGUCAAUGUUGUGUUAAGCUCAAAGGUUGAGCCAUGGUUAACACAAACCUUAAAGCGUAUAAAUCGUAUAAAGCGUCCUCUAAACAGUGUACCCCAGCACCAAAGAUGCUUAACGGAAACGCUAUCUUCUUCAACCGCUAUAUGGACUCUUGGAUCUUUGAUGCUAUCGAAAGCCCCGGAACAAAGACGCGAAGACUCAAAUCCAUUAGUUGAGGCCAUGUUCAACUAUCAACUCAUUCAUAUCGAGGCCUAUGUUGUUCAUGUGGAUAUGGUAUUAAGAAAUGAGGUUGCCUACAAACUUACUCCAGAUACGAUAGAAUCACUCAUCGAGUUUCACAAGGAUGUUCAUUGCCUAGAUAUUGCAGCGAACACCUACAACUGGUCAGAGAAGGAUCAACAAGUGAAGAAGAUGCACGAAGACUUCAUCCAAGCUAUUAACAAGUUCGUCUACCGAACGCAUGUCUCUGCAUUAGAGGGACUGGAAGAAGAUGGCGCUGGUGAAUUGUUAUGCGGUAAAAGUGAUGAAGUCAAAAACAAUAUCAUGGGCCUUUUCCUUCCUCUACUCCCCCCACCACCAAGGGUCGUCGAUGUGGUUAGACCUGCUACUUUAUUGCCUAGCUCUCCAGCUGGCAUGAAUUGGUGGUCGCAACCCACGAUACCAGUAACAACCGCAGCUCCUGUUGACCCAUGGAGGAUGGUCCCUUCAAGUCCAAGUACGACAUCUUCCAUGUCCUCUUCAACCGACACUCAAUCUUUAUGGGCAAGUAUGGGCUUGAAUGAGAUUCAACUGCCUUCCCCUACACCAUCUUAUAGCCAACCAUUCACCACAGCCGGACUCUUCUACAGCGCACCACAAGUUAGUGCGCCAAUUCCAGCACUUCCUCUACCAAGCAUGUUAGCACAGCAGCAUUGCGGUAUUGGUAUGGGGUAUGGUGGAUUUGGUGGGUUCGGAGGUGGAUGGGACCGAUAUCAAGAGUACGCUACAACGAUGUGACAACCAAGGCCUGGAUCGUUAAAUCACCCCCCUACUACUCGCUCCGGAGUUUAGGGCAGGCGACAAUAUCAUAUAAUACCAUGGCUCCAAGCCUCUGUACACGACAACAAACAUUACAUACAUGGCAUCGGCAAACUUCUUUAGCGGCAUUUGAUACCUCCGAGGGCACUUACGGCGUUUUUACAUCUUCAUUAUCAUCCUCAUCAGCGAUCGAGCGAACAAAAGAUAUCCUGGGAACAAAUCAUACUUAAUAAUCAGCAAGAACAACAAUCUCCUUUCAUUACAGAUACAUAAUAGGAUACCAUUUUUUUCUUUUUUUCUUUUUUCUUUGUUUUUUUUUUUUUUUUAGCGCAGCGAGUUUGGAUUUGCUUUUACACGACACCACACAGCCGCAAGACCGGUUUAACCAAAUUUUCCUUUUCAUCGCAUAUGGCAGGACCUAAAGGCGGGUUAUUUUGAAGCAUUUAUUGGCAUGGUUCCAAGAUUUUCAUAUCAUCAUAAAGAGAAUACCUUAUUAAAAGGAUAACGCAGCAAUGCAGGGCUUCACGGGCGCGUCUGGAUACAUUGAUUUUUGUCUUUUCUUUUUACGUUUGAGAUAUUAUCUUACGUUUGUUUUGGGGGGAAGGAAACCGGCCUUUUCUACGUCCAUUUUCUUCUCGUUUCUGUUUACGAAUUUAUGAAUCAUGGAUGCUUAUGAGUUUUGCUUGGACAAAGAUCAAGGCGUAUGAUUUAUGGAUUCACGAAAAUAGAAAUUGGGGACAUAAAAAAACAUCAUCUGCUGCGCAGAUCGAAACAACAAUCAAUGGACGAGAAACUAGUUUUCCUCUAAGCGGACAGCAAUCAACGGACAAAUUGUUUAGAUGAUACAUCAAACUGCGACCAUUUCAAUUCUCGCUAGUCGAGGUUGGCAUUGAAAGCGAACAGCCUGGAUCAAGUUAUUCUAUCAGAAAGGACAGACUCUUUCAGAAAUCCAACUCAAUAUCGACUCAUUAUCUCGAAUGCGGAUCGAUCAAUACCUGCAAGUCGGGCGAUUGAAUCUUACAUGUUGGGGGUGGGCUUGUUAAUUGGGUGGAUUUGUGCAAGGGUUUGGGUUUUCGGUAGAAGAGGGAGUGAAGGGCAAAUGGUAGCUCAUCACUACAUCUUCCAUACACUAUCCUACGCUGUUAUGCUUGAUGUAUAGCAAGUUGAAGAUAGUGUUUGGAAGAAAGCUGAAAAUUCUCUCUCGUCCUGCGGACAGAGUGAGAUAGAGGUAUCGAUGCAGGUUUCUUUUUUUUUCGGCACAGGGCAAGGGAAUAACGGGAACGGAAUCUAUCAUACUGGUUAUGGGAUUAUGGAAGAACGGUGAUUACAUGGCUAGUACAUGGAUUACUAAGUAUGGAAAGAGAGGGAACAAUACUGUGUGUAGGUAAUCUUGGACUUGUGCCUGAUACCGAGAAAAAGAUUGAAAAUGCAAAUAAAAUGAAAAUCAUGGAAACUUAUUCUCCUGGCUUGUGAUCUUUUGCUUUCUUGAUCAGACGAGGUGAGGUGAGUUCAGUGGAUCACAUGAAUGUAGCAGGUCA